AUGAAGACACCCGUCCUGUUCGCAACGGCCCUCGGCGUCUGCGCCGGUGCACAACAGCUCGCUGAGCCACUUGCCUAUGCCAACAUCACGUCUCUGCUCGACACUAUCCUCGCCCGUGGAUACAUCAAUGUCGGAACGACAGGAGAUUACAAGCCCUUCACGUAUCUUGUCACAAACCAGACCAAUCUGCCAAAUACCACCGCAAUCAACACAACGUACAUCGGCGCCGACAUCGACGCAGCGCAGUCUCUCUCCAACGCCCUCGGCCUCCCCAGUCCGCCCCGCCUGAUCAAGACUAUAUGGGCCAACAUCACGUCCGACCUGGCCGCAGGCAAAUUCGACAUCGCAAUGGGCGGCGUCAGCCUCACCCUCGCACGAGCCAAGACGGCCUUCUUCUCAACGGCGAUCCAGGGCGUCGGCAAGACGGCUUGCAUCCGCUGCGCCGACGCGGACAAGUACACCGACCUCGCGACUCUGGAUCAGGCCGGUGUCAAGGUCGCCGUCAACCCUGGGGGCACCAACGAAGCCUUUGACCGCGCGAACCUGAAGAACGCCGAGAUUGUGCUGGUGGAGGACAACAACGCGGUCUACCAAGCCGUGCUGGAUGGCACGGCGGACGCGAUGAUCUCGGAUCUCAUCGAGGUCGAGUUGCAGGUCAAGCUCCACGAGGGCCAGCUCUGCAUCGCCAAUCCAGACGCGCCGUUCAACUUUGAGGAGCUGGGCUAUGCCAUCCCGAGAGACAUUGUAUGGAAGCACUUUGUGGACGCUUGGGUUCACGUUCAACUCGGCAGCGGAGCGUGGAACUCGACCCUAGAGACGUGGCUGAACUACAAGUGGCCAAGCGUAUGA